AUGUGUGGAUUUGAUUCACAGAGACGAGAACUGACGUGGAGACACGUGCAUGGUGGUCACAUCCACAGUGGCCGUAGUACUGGGCGUGGGACCUGUUACUCUGGUUAUGGAGAUGAUGAAAAGGGCUUUUAUACAGUUUAUCAUAACGUUUUUGAAAUGAUUGUGAAGGAAGAGCUAGAAUCUAUGUUAGAAGAGGAGAUGGAAGAUUUCCCCACUUUUGGAGACUCCCAGAGUGACUAUGAUAUGGUAGUCCACCCUUUCUAUGCCUGUUGGCAUUUCUGCACUCAGAAGAACUUUCCUUGGAAGGAAGAAUAUGAUACAUGGCAAGCUUCAAACAGCUGGGCAAAAGAGCCAUGGAAAAAGAAAAAAAAGAUUCACGACAAAGCAAGGAAGGAGAACGAGCUUGUGCGCCAGCUGGUCUCAUUCAUCCAUAAGAGAGACAGAAGAGUGCAGGCGCAUCCGAAGCUCAUGGAGGAACAGAACGCCGAGAAGGCCAGGAAGGCAGAGGAGAUGAGGCGGCUACAGAAGCUGAAGCAGGCCAAACUGGCUGAGCAGUACAAGGGACAGAGCUGGAUGACCGUGGCCAACCUGGGGAAGGAGCUCAAGGAAAUGGAGGUGGGCUACGAGGAGUUUGGAGAUGGAUCAGAUGAAGAUGAGACAGAGGAAUCUGAGCCCAAAGAUGGGACAGAGGAAUCUGAGCUCAAAGAUCGGCACGGUGGUAAAGACGGUGAUGAGGCUGAGGAUGCUGAGCUGUAUGAUGACCUUUCCUGCCCAGUGUGUGACAAAUCUUUCAAGAUGGAAAAGGCCAUGAGGAAUCAUGAAAAAUCAAAGAAGUAUCGGGAAAUGGUUGCCUUGUUAAAACAACAGUUGGAGGAGGAGGAAGAAAAUUUUUCAGGACUUCAAACUGAUGAAAGUCCAUUGAAUGCCAAUUCUGAGGAAGAAAUAGAAGAUGCACCAAAACAAAAGCUUUCCAAAAGGCAGAAGAAAAAGAAACAGAAGCCAGCACAGAAUUAUUAUGAUAACUUCAAUGAAAAUGGAACUGGAGAAGAAGUAAAGUUUGAAUCAGAAGAUACCAACUUAAAUCAAGACUCUGCCAAAGAAUUGGAUGGGAGUCCCCAAGAAAGUAUCACUGUCACUGAGACUGUCGAACUCUGUGAUGAUCCAAAAAAUGUAGCUAAGAAUGCUCCUAAACCCAAAGGAAAAAAAGCCAAAGAUAUGAAAAAAUCUGUCAAAGUACCUGCUAAACCACAGACAGUGAGUGAUGUUCUUAUCAGCUAUGCAACCUGCCAUAGUGAAUUUCCAUCCCGGAAUAAACUUUUUGACCAUCUGAAGGCCACAGGUCAUGCAAGAGCACCUUCAUCGUGUUCUUUAAACAGUGUAACAAGUAGUCGAAGCAAGAAAGAGAAACAUAAAAACAGAAAUUCUGCCAACGCUUUUUCUUUUUGAUUGUCUCUAGAUUUUGAAACCAAAAACUGAACUGAAGUCAUCUAAAGAGUUAAAAUUUCGGUGAUCUGCAAUUUAUUGCAUUGUGGAAGAUUAUUUUUAUCUUGUAAAAACAUUUUUUUGUUUAAUAUAUAUUUUUUAAACAUUUCAUUAGUGAUUGAAUUCUACUUUGCCAUCUGAAUUGACUUGAAUGUCUCAAAACAGGUACAUAUUGUAAAGUAUACAUUCUUGAUUUCUCUUGGCUCACAUGGACAGAAAUGUACAGGGAGAAUUAAAUUAUUUUAACACA